AUGGUUGAGAGUGAGACUAAGGAUACCAUUAGUAAUGAGGGUGGCAUGUGUCAUGUUAUUACUUUUACCGAUAGUCCUUCUCUUCAAAUUAGUCCCGUUAAAUUAGAUGGUUCCAACUAUUUGAUUUGGUCACGCUCCUAUAGUCUUGCUAUUGCUGCUCAUCGGUUGACUGGCUACAUUACUGGUUUUCUUCCCCUACCGGAUGGUGAUGACUUCCUCCUUACACAAUGGAUUUCUAAAAAUGCUCUUGUUAUGACUUGGCUAAUCAACUCUAUACAACCCACCAUUAGUCAGAGUUUUUUUUUAUUAGAUACUGCUCAUAAGAUUUGGACAGCUGCAUCCCAAAUGUACUCCCAACAAGGUAAUGAUGCACAGACAUAUGAGUUGAGGAAAAAGCUUCGGAGCUUAUAUCAGAAAGAUAGAUCACUCGCAAUCUACUAUGCUGAGUUGAGUAGUUUGUGGCAGGAACUAGACUAUUACCAAAGCUUCCAGGCUGUUUGUUCUCGGGAUACUACUUUGUUUCAGCAAACCGUGGAGAAGGAGUGUGUGUAUGACUUUCUUGCUGGCUUGAAGUUGGAGUAUGAUCAGAUUCACGCCCAGGUGUUGGGUCGUUCACCUUUUCCCACCCUAUGCGAGGCUUAUGCCCUUGUCCAACAAGAGGAGAGUAGUCGUAGUGCUAUGGUUCAUUCCUCUAUUCAGGAUCAUUUUGCUUUAGUUAUUGCUUCUCCUCCUCGAGCUCCUCGGGCUAGUCUGAUUUAG